AUGUCCUCAUUUCAAGCUCUCCGAGCCCAGUAUGCCUCACUACUGAAGCGGUUUCUAACCUCGACCAAAGAUUUCGAGGUGUUAACAACCAUCCCACCUGACCACUCCGCAGAAUCAGAGACCCUCUAUGUCUUAGAUUCGUCCUUUAAUCCCCCCACCCGCGCCCACCUCCGCAUUGCCAGCACGGCACUUCUGGAAAAUCCUAAGCCCCGCCCUCGCCUGCUCCUUCUUCUCGCUACCCAGAAUGCAGACAAGCCAUCUAAGCCAGCCUCCUUCGAGGAUCGGCUCGUGAUGAUGGAGCUGUUCGCUCGGGAUCUCCGCACCCAUCUCGAAUCAGCACCGGCCUUCUCCGGCUCGGGCUUCACACACGGCAUCGAAACUCUCCCCUUGAUCGAUAUUGGCGUCACAAAAAAGCCCUAUUUUAUCGACAAGGCGGCUUCUAUCGAGGCAUCGGAUUCUUACCCAAUGCCGCUGGAGCAGGUCCAUCUUACCGGAUACGAUACUUUGAUCCGUAUCUUCGAUUCCAAGUACUAUCCGCCUGAACAUACCUUGAAGCCUUUGGAACCAUUCUUGUCCAAGCACCGGCUGCGUGUGACUAUGCGGCCGAGCGAUGAGUGGGGUGGGAGAGAGGAGCAGCUUGAAUAUCUGGCGGCCCUUGCUAGAGGUGUCCGAGAUGGCGAGGGCGCGCGUAGGGAAUGGGCUGAACGGAUCCAGCUUGUCAAUGGUCGUGCCCCUACUGACAAGCCGGUGAGUUCAACUAGAGCCCGGGAGGCGUUACAAUCGGCUCCCCAGGACCUAGACUGGCUGGUUCCUGAACAGGUUCGGCAGUUCCUCCUGUCCGAACACCCGUAUUCUGGAAACCCCAAAGCGUAG